ACAUCCAUCAUUCAAUUCAAAUAAUUCCCUUCUCUUCUCUCUUUCCUUGAGGAAGCUCAAUUUCCAAUAGGCAUCUCCACAUUUCUAAGUCCAACAAACACAAAUAGAGAAAAACCAUCAUCACAAAUGAAAAUUGAAAUGGCCACUAAACAAGUCACUUUGGUUCAUGUAGAUGAAGACUACAUUGACAUGGAACUAUGUUCUCCCUCACACUUCUUCUCUUAUUCUUUUGGUUCUCCACCAAAGAAUACCAGAGAGUUUGAAUUCCAAAUGAGUAGUUCUAUCUCAAAUGAAAAAAAUUCCAAAACUACCCCUGCUGAUGAUCUCUUCUACAAAGGAAAACUCCUCCCUCUUCACCUCCCUCGUCGUCUUCAAAUGGUUCAAAAGCUUCUAGAAAACACAAAUUUAGAAGAUAACACUUUUCCUUUCACACCUCCCACUUUUGCUAGUUACACCACUCUUGAAACCUGCAAUAUUUCAGGUUCAGAAUCAUGCAGAGUUAGCAGUGAUGUGAGUCCAGAUGAGUACUCAUUUGAAAUGAAUGGUUUUGUUGUAAGGGAUUUACCAAAGAAUAAAUCUUGGCCUAAGAAACUGAAAAUGAUGAAUCAGUUAUUGUUUGGUCAGAAACUCAAAGCUUCAAAAGCUUAUCUUAAAUCUUUGUUCAACAAAACUAGUUGUUCAGAGAAAGCAUGUGCUAGUGAUCCUAACAACAAGGUUGGAAUUAAAAGCAAAAACAAAAACUCAUUUGAGGUUUUUUGUGAGGAAAAUAAGAAACAAGUUAAAAGAGACAUGGUUGAAGAUGAUUUUGUCAACCAUAGGAAAUCUUUCUCUGGAGUGGUUCAAAGACAUUGUGGUAGCAACAAGGUUUCAUCUUUGUCAACAUCUUCAUCCGGGUCAUCUUCAAAUUCUUCGUCUUUUUCGUUUAGUUCAUCGGGUAAUUAUGAUUUACAAUUGUUUAAGAGGAGUAUUAGUGCUAAUUAUGAGGUGGAAGGUUCAGUUGAAGGAGCUAUUGCACAUUGUAAACAGUCUCAGCAACAUUUUAAUUCAAAGAAUGGUGCAGAAGAUGCUAGGAUUUGUUCUCAAUUUGGUGUAAAAGUUGAAGUUUGUGGUGAUAAAGAGUAACACUUUCCAGCAACAUAGUGAGUGAGUGAGUGUAGAAAAUUCCCUGUAAAAGUAGAAAGAAAAAAAAAAGACAUUUUUCCUUUGAAAUGCUGUUGCAUUUUAAUGGAGUUUUUAUGUUUUGAUUUAGAAUUAAAAGUGUGAAGUUUCUAGUAUUAAUUUGUUCAAAAUUGAAUUUUUUUCCUCUUAUUAA